UACUUAGUGUUUGAUCAGACGUAUCGUAGUGUCGUGAGACAGUGCUAUUCGAACGAUACUGGUAUUCGGAAGACAGUUCGGGAAAUUCCGAUUUACAAAUUGAUACUACCAAUCUAUUGGACUAUUCCGACUGAUUUAAAAGUGAUUGGAUUGAAAAUUCCGGUGAAACAGUGUGAAUUUGUUCUGAACGAUUGCGCAAACAAUCAAUUUAAUUCAUAGGCCGAUUCCGGCAAAGUGUACCUUCGAUGAAGAUGGGCUCCUCGAAAAGGAAAUCAUCGUUCCGAAUCGAUGAUAUCCUGCAUCAGCAAGCUGAACAGCAGCAGAUGAUUUUCCAGCACCAACAGCAGCUCGUUCAGAACAGUGUACUUAAACAGCUAACGGACAUGACCGCUGGUCAACCCGGUUCAUCCACGCCUGCUUUGACCUCACCAGAGUACUGUCCCAGUGGUCCCAAAUCGUCAUCGCCGCCUGAAUCACCUACAUUAGAACAACCUGUCGGCCCGGAAUCGCCGAAAAAGCCUACAGCGCUGUACCCGAAUCUGCUGGAUUUCCAGAAAACCAAUUUCCCACUACACCUGCAAUUCGGAGUGCCCACCUUUAACCCUGCCCUCAAUCCGGCAAUAAAUGCAGCUUAUCUGGAGCAUUACGCCAGCAUGCUGCACAAAGCCUCCCCACGGUUAUUUCCGUUCUAUCCUCCACAUUACAGCUACUUAAUUCCUCCGUGUGGCUCCAAACGCAAAGGCGGUCAGGUACGCUUCACGCCUCAGCAGACACAAAGCCUUGAGCGACGAUUUGCCAAUCACAAGUAUCUCUCUCCAGAGGACCGGAGGCAUCUGGCCGUCCAGCUGAAACUAAGUGAUCGACAGGUUAAAACAUGGUUCCAGAACCGACGAGCCAAAUGGAGACGUGCCAACAACGGGGGUCACACGUCAGAUUCACCCGUCGAUUUGGGACCGGAUGGAGGUGCACAUAAGGCACCACACCCGGCCACCGUCACAUCAUCCGCCAGUUCACCCGCCGAUCCGAUGGCCAAAUACUCGAAUGAUUAUCGUGCAACCUCGAAUAACAGACCCGCUGAACCGUACGAUUGCAAAAGCUCCGAAAACUACUCGGAACACGAAACCUCAAGCGAAGGCGAGGAGGACAGCAGCUAUGAGGACGGGGGAACGUCUCCAAUCAAUGUUAUUUAGUUUAAAUUUUAUCUAUAGGCACAGUAAUUCAAAUAAAUUAUUCAACUUCUCACGCGUA